GCGGAGCCGCGGGAGCGGGGCGGGGCCAGGCCGGGGCGGAGCGGAGCCGCGGUGCGGUGCGGGGCCGCCGCACCAUGCCGUUCCUGGAGCUGGACACCAACCUGCCGGCCGGGCGACUGCCGCUGGGGCUGGCCCAGGAGCUGUGCGCCGCCGCCGCCGCCAUCUUGGGCAAGCCGGCCGAGCGGGUGAACGUGACGGUGCGGAGCGGGCUGCCCAUGGUGGUGGCGGGCUCGGGCGAGCCCUGCGCCCAGCUGCUGGUCUCCUCCAUCGGCGUGGUGGGCUCGGCGGAGCAGAACCAGCGGCACAGCGCCCGCUUCUUCGACGUGCUGACGGCACAGCUGGGCCUGGGCCCCGAGCGGAUUGUCAUCCGCUUUUACCCGCUGGAGCCCUGGCAGAUCGGCAAGAACAGAACAGUCAUGACGUUUCUGUGAUUCCCUGAGCGGCUGGUUGGAAUGAAGCAAUGGUAAAGACAACCCCAGAGAUGACCAGCUCCAACUAUCUGCUUGUUUCCUCUUAUGAUCAAAUCUGUGUACCUUUGCACCUUCACUUUUGAAGUAUGAAUCACUUUUGUCUUUGCAUCCUGUGCACUUGGAGCUGAAGAGCAGGGCAGUCAGCUAUACUGAUUUUACUAAAAUAGUUCAAGGUCUUUGUUUCAAGCCUGCUUUGUAGCCCAAAGGCUCUCUCACUGCCUAUGGCUAAGCCGUUGCAACCUGGUGAUGGCCAUACACAGGCCUAGACAAAGCUGUCUUGUAGCAGCAAAAAGUUUAAUUCCAGAACACAUUUGGCUUUAUUGAGGAGCGGAGAGGUUCUGAGGUGUAUCCAGAUUUUCUCAUACUUUGCAAGGCAGAAAGAUCCUUUUUUGUUUCUCUGUGGUAGCAGAAGGGUCCCAGGGUGGGGAGGAAGACCUGGAAGUCAAAUUCUACUCUUUUUAGGCUCCUCAAAAGGCUCUUCUGGAAAGAGGUGAUUAUUGAGAGGGAAGUUUAUGCAUUUACAUCAUUAUUUGUUUAAGGCUUAUGUCAUAUCUUAUGCUUUGUGCUGUACCAUUGCCACCCUGGUGGCUGCUCCUACAAAAUGUUAUUUGUCCACAAGGUUUUCAUAGCUGAAUGUUCAUGUGCUGAUGGCAGCAUGUAGUGGAGGGAGUAAUUUCUGAAAACUUGCACUGUACCCACAGGAAAAUAUUUUGAAGGUUCUGCUACUGCCAACUUUAAUUCCUGUUACUCACACUUCUGUUCAAAAUACUUUUCCUUGCCCCACUGUUACAGGCAGUUUUGGGACAACACAGCAUCUCACUGUGUUCUGUGGCUGGUGUUUUCAGCUUAUUGUCCCUCCAGGGAAGUGUUUUGGGCUUUUAAGACCCAUAUGCUCCCUCACUUUAUAACUGAAAUACACACGACAUUUUACUAAAACAAAAGCAUGGUACUUUUUACGUAUAAUGUUCUCUCUGCCUUCCAUUGGUAAUGAAAACAUUUAUCAGUUUUCUUUCCACUUUGUGACUUGGUCAGGUUGCAGGCAGGGAGCUCAGAGGAACAUGGGAAUACAAGGCUGAAGGGUGCUUCUGCGCUCCUUUGUCAUUCUCAUUAGUUUUAUUUGUUUAUGGUUUGCGGUCUCCAGGUUGUUGAAAAUAUUCCUUCUAAUUACCAUUUGAAGUUGGUUGUUCCCUAUGCAGCAUAAAUAUCUUCUAUGUCUGCGAAAUCUGUCAGGAAUAUAAUACCAAAUACAAAUUUGUGUAUCGGGCUACGGGGGCUACACCUUAUCUCGUUAAUAAAAUGUAUCAAAACCUC